CGAAAACUGACCCGAACGAAUUUCUCAGAUUGCAGUACGAAAUUCACAAUUGCUAAAAAACGCCUACAAAAAAAUUUCUAGCUCCUGGGACCUGGAAGCUGUCCAGGCCGAAAGGUUCCACACUCCACACCAUCCAGGACCAGGAGACAAGGGAAAUUCUUUCCGGAAACCCUAGAAUAAAUUUCCCCACAAAAUCCGCAGUUUUUAUCAAGUCCCAGUGCCCGGCGCCGGGAGCGUGGCCAUCUGAUGCGAUUUACCUCCGCGAACCCAGACGCCGCGCUAUGUCUUGGGCCGGCCCGGAGGAGCUCUUCCUCUCCACCUCCCUCGCCGGCUUUUUGGACAAGAAACUUAUAGUUCUACUACGAGAUGGAAGGAAACUGCUCGGCACCCUGUGUUCCUUUGAUCAGUUUGCAAACGUUGUUCUCCAAGGUGCUUGUGAACGAGUAAUCGUUGGGGAACUGUAUUGCGAUGUUCCUCUUGGUCUUUACGUCAUCCGUGGAGAGAAUGUUGUUUUAAUCGGUGAAUUGGACCGCGAGAAGGAUGAACUCCCUGCUCACAUGACCUGUGUUUCAGAGGCAGAAAUAAGAAGGGCUGAGAAAGCGGAAAGAGAAGCAAGAGAUCUUAAGGGCUCAAUGAGGAAACGGAUGGAGUUCCUAGACUUUGAUUAGCAUUCAACUGAUAGAUAGACCGAAGCUGCAAGAUUUUUAUUGGCGGCUUCCGUAGGUGGACACAUAAACCUGGUUCCAUCUUACUGUGUUUGGCUCUAGAUCGAAAGCUUUCACCUGGCAAAUUCUUUAUUGUAACCUGAUAGUGUUGUAGAAGCUCCUGAGCUCUUGGAAAGCUUUUAUCGCAAGUUGUAGUCUGCAGAUGUAAAAUGAUAAUUUGUCGGAUCUCCUGGUUCGUUGCUGGUCUAUAAUUUAGAACUAAUGAAUCCAUUUUCUAUUAUUGUUCUUAAGAAGCCAUGUACAUUUCAA